GCCCUCGGCCCCGCCGCCAGCGCCAGCGCCAGCGCCAACGCCGCCGCCUACCGCCUGCCGCCUGCCGCCUGCCGCCGUCCACCGCCCAUCGCCCGCGCCAGGAGCCAUGGAGGGAAUGAGCGCGCUGCUGGCCCGCUACCCAACGGCCGGCCUGGCCGGUGGCCUGGGGGUCACGGCGUGCGCCGCCGCCGGCGUGCUGCUCUACCGGAUCGCGCGGAGGCCACACCGUGACCACGAGCCGCGCUGCCCAGUGCUGCAGUUUCUGGGCCUCGCCCUCUGGUUCAGUGAUGCUGAAGACGUGCGGUCCCUUGUCGUCCACUCUGAGGGCCUUGGCCUGAACUGGAGCUGCAGCUGCUUGGGGAUGAAGCCGACACACACCGUCGUCAACUGCUGGUUCUGCAACCAGGACACGGUGGUGCCCUAUGGGAACCGCAACUGCUGGGACUGCCCCCACUGCGAGCAGUACAACGGCUUUCAGGAGAACGGCGACUACAACAAGCCGAUCCCCGCCCAGUACCUGGAGCACCUGAACCACGUGGUGAGCGGCGCGCCCGGCCCCCGGGCCCCCGUGCAGCCCCCGCAGUGGGUGAGCAGCCAGGUGCUGCUGUGCCGGCGGUGCAGUCACCACCAGACCACCAAGAUCAAGCAGCUGGCUGCCUUCUCGCCACGUGAUGAGGGCAGGUAUGACGAGGAGAUCGAGGCGUACCGGCACCACCUGGAGCAGAUGUACAAGCUGUGCCGGCCGUGCCAGGCAGCCGUCGAGCACUACAUCAAGCACCAGAACCGCCAGCUGCGCGCCCUGCUGCUCAGCCGCCGGUUCAAGCGCCGGGAGGCCGACCAGACCCACACGCAGAGCUUCUGCUCGUCCAUGGUGAAGGCCCCGCUCCAGGUCAUCGUGCUGCGAGCCCUCGCCUUCCUGGCCUGCGCCUUCCUGCUGACCACCGCGCUGUAUGGCACCAGCAACCCCUUUGCCCCGGGGGCGCCCCUGCCCCCGGCCCUGCCACCUGGUAGCAACGGCUCGGCCCCGCCUGACAACGGCACAGCCCCUGGGGCCGAGGGCUGGCGGCAGCUGCUGGGCCUGCUGCCCAAGCACGUGGCAGAGAAGCUGCACGAGGCCUGGGCCUUCGGGCAGAGCCACCAGAUGGGCGUCGUGGGGCUGGGCCUGCUCACCUGCCUGCUGGCCGUGCUGCUGGCCGGCCGCGUCAGGCUCCGGAGGAUCGACGCCUUCUCCACUGGCCUGUGGGCCCUGCUGCUGGCGCUGCACCUGGCCGAGCAGUACCUGCAGGCUGCCUCGCCCAGCUGGCUGGACACGCUCAAGUUCAGCACCACGUCCCUGUGCUGCCUGGUGGGCUUCACAGCCGCCGUGGCCACGAGGAAGGCGACGGGCCCACGGAGGUUCCGGCCCCGAAGGUACUUCCCGGGAGACUCUGCCGGCCUCUUCCCUGCCGGCCCCAGCCUGGCCGUCCCCUGCCCAAGCAUCGCAGGCCCCUCGCCGGCUCUGUUCAUCCCUGCCCCGCCCGGCUUCCUGCCACUUGCCAACCAGCAGCUGUUCCGGUCUCCCCGCCGGGCCUCGCCCUCCUCGCUGCCCGGCCGCCUCAGCCGGGCCCUCUCGCUGGGAACCAUCCCCUCUCUGACGCGAGCAGACUCAGGGUAUCUGUUCAGUGGGAGCCGCCCACCGUCUCAGGUGUCCCGAUCCAGAGAGGUUCCGGUUUCAGAUUACUUCUCUCUGCUGUCGGGGAGCUGCCCCUCCUCCCCGGUCCCUUCCCCAGCGCCCUCCGUGGCCGGCUCAGUGGCCUCCAGCUCUGGCUCUCUGCGCCACCGCAGGCCCCUCAUCAGCCCUGCCCGGCUCAACCUGAAGGGGCAGAAGCUGCUGCUGUUCCCGUCGCCCCCUGGGGAGGCCCCUAACACCCCCAGCAGCUCCGACGAACACUCGCCCCGCAAUGGCAGCCUCUUCACCGUCGAGCCGCCCCCCAUCCCACAGAGGCAGCCGGCGCGGGACACGAAGCACACCGUGGACGUGAAGUCAGCGCCGGAAAGGGGCAGCACCUGCAGCAGCCGCUCCAUCAAGAAAGAGGACGACUCGUCGCAGUCAUCCUCCUGUGUGGUGGACACCACCACCAGAGGGUGCGCGGAGGAGGCCACCACCUGGCGAGGUCGUUUAGGCCCCUCCCUGAUCCGGGGCCUCCUGGCCGUGAGCUUGACUGUCAACGCCCUCUUCACCUCGGCCUACCUGUACCAGAGCCUGCGCUGACCCGCGGUCCGCAGCCUCCCGGCACCCAGAGAGUCUCGGAGGGUGCGCCCAGGUGCAUGCCGCUUCCACCACUGCCGGCCUCAGCCCUCCUCGAGGGGCUGCCGCCUCCGCCCUUUUCUCCAGGACCCUUGACCUCGCCAGAGGGAGUCCUGUUCCCGGAAGCCUUCUCCCCCACCUAACAGACUGCGGGGCUGGGCAUGGUCUUGGGGAUCACAGCCCUCCCCGCCCACCUCCUUGGCUGACAUCAGUUGUGUGUUUGGUGCUGACACUCUGAUCCUGAAGCCAGGGGUCCCCGAGGGGCUGCGUGACCCUGGGGUCCCUCCCCACCAUCCAGCCCUGCCUGGCAGGAAUGCCACGACUACUGUGACGGGAUCAGGAGCUGGCCCUGACCCCGCACCCGCGGGCUGUGAUUACGUCUUCGUACUGUACUCCUCUGUCCCGUGGGCCACCUCAGGCUCCCUGGGGGAGGAGGGAGGGGUGGUCUCCAGUCGGGUGGAGGGUAAACCUCCCCUGGCAGGCCCCGUUGAGGACCGGCAUCCUUUGCCGUUGUCCUGCCCCUUCCUGUGGGCUGUAGGCUAGGCCUUCCCUCUGGCUCUCCUGGGUGGGCAGGUGAGUUUCCUGCCCGGGGCUCCUCAGAGUUCCUGGGUCUCAGGGGCCCAGCCGGACUAGUGUAAGCACCACCCCCCAGACUCAUUUCUCCCUGCUUGCGCCCCCAUUUUAUUACCUCUGGUGACCUUCCCGGGCAGCAGCCCUGCCAACCAUGAGAGCACUACCCAGGGCCUGCCCUGCCCCGUUUCCAGCCGCCUCCCUCAUGCGCUGUCCACAAGGGCCUUGUUUGACCCCUCAGCCUGCAGGUCUCUGAUGAGACUGGGCCCUCACGCCCACCCUCAGCAUUCUGCUGUCACGGUGGGCUCAGCGUGACCUCUGUCUCCAGGCCACUGUGGCUAGCCUGCUUCCUACCCCAUGCCCCUUGGUCCUGCCACUGCCCUUCCGGUCUGCCCCCUACGCCUGCCCUUGUGCUGGGGUCCCAUCCUGCCCCCAAGAAGAGGAAGGAUGGGUCUCAGUCUGGCACAGGGACCCUCACGAUGCCGCGAGGAAGGAGAGACUGCCUGUGGGUGUCAGAAUCCCCGUCCCGCUGCCCUGGGCCCUGGACACAGGUGUGGGGCUGUGUGUGUGUGUGCGUGUGUGCGUGCACACUCGUGCGCGUGUCAGUGCACGCGUUCGUGCCACUUCAGGAGGAAGCGGCAGCCUCUGUGAAUUCUGAGACUCAUUGGGGGGAGGGUCAUGAGGGCAGGGGAAGGGUCUUCACUCUGUCAUUCAGGGAUAAAGUUUAAUUUUAUUUUUCUACACAUUUUUGCCAGGUAAGGCAUUCUGCUGGUAAGCAGGAUGCCCCCAUUCUCCCUGCCGGGGAGGUUUAGUUUUAUUAAGCUUUGGGUGCUUUUUUAGUAAUUUUUUUUUACCAUGUGGGGGAGGAGGUUGCUCUGACAUCCCCCCACUCCUGAGAGCUACUGUUUCCUGCCCUGCCCCUCACCCCAGAACGAGGGGGAUUGGGGGCCAGGGGCCACGCCACGUCCCAGACUCCAGCUGCCAGAGAUGGUUCCAACUCGGAGGUGGUGCCUCUUGGCCCCCACUCGUACCGUGGGCGUGUGUGUCGAGUUUUUUAAUUUUACUUUUUGCCUAACCAAGCCAAAUUCCAUUCCCGAAUGCCCUUCCUCUCUGGCUCUGAGGAAGCCCUGACCGAGUGCCCAGCCCCCUCCUCUCGCGCCUGGGCCAGCCUGGCCCCUCCUGCCCAGGGCCGGUGGUCCUAGCGCCCCCCAGGGGCAGGGGAGGGGGCUGACUUAUGUUUUCUUUCAAACAAAAAAUACAACCUUAUUUUUCUUUAUAAAAGCAAAAAAAAAGGAAACCAAAAAAGAUACCAACCUUUGAACUAUA